AAACUGAGCAGCGCUCCCUGGUGUGCGAUAUUACGCGGAAAACAGGCCCGGGUGACUGGUGAGGCCCCAAGUGGGAACCAUUGGCUCUCUCGUUAAUAGUAACGCAAAUUUUGCAAGCUUGCAGGGGGGCUGUUUUUCUUCAAGGCUGCCACUCACCAAAGGUUCCUGGCAAUUGCCUGAGGAUUAAAAAAACGCCUGUCUUGCUAGUUCCUUCUUGCUUUACUGAGCUCUUAAGUCAAGUCUGGUGUAGUGACUCGCUUGCACUCGUGCCAGCCCAAACCUGGGUGCAGCUGGUAGCUGGCUCCAAACUUCACUCAGCGCAGCCCCAGGAGCCCGCAAGAGCACGUGAGGGUUCUCCUCCGCAAAACCAGAACGAGCCGGUACCUCGCACGCCUGGAAGAGCGCUCAGCUUUCCAAAUGGCAAGUGAUGGGUUGGAGGGAGGAGGAGGAAGAGGAGGAGGAUCAUGCAGGAGGCACGCUGCUCUGGGGACACGCAUGCAAUGAUCAGGGGCAGAGAUCGACCAAACUGAACCCAGCUCCAACCCCAGCCCGCUUCCACACCACACCCCGCCUCAGUGCGAAGAGGGAAGGCUCCGGGUGCUGGGCUGAAAAAGAUGCCACUCAAGGUCGCCGCGGUUCCAGGGAUUUCGUAGGACGGACGCAGCAGCAGCAGCAGCAGCAGCGGCGGCGGGAUCACCACAUUUCAGGGGCAUCAUCCAGGAGUAGAGCGGAUCCCUCUGGGGGUACUGUGUGGAAAAUGUAUUCCAGUCAUAAAGAUAUUGGCUAUGAUUUUGAAGAUGACUCCAAAGAGAGGGAGAAGAAACUUAAGCCGAAUCCAGACAUUGAUGGAGGAUGGGCUUGGAUGGUUGUCCUUUCUUCAUUCCUGGUGCAUGUUCUUGUUAUGGGAUCACAAAUGGCUCUUGGCAUUCUCAACAUGGAAUGGCUUGAAGAAUUUAACCAAAGUCGAGGCCUGACAGCAUGGGUCAGCUCUCUCAGUAUGGGUAUUACCCUGAUUGUAGGUCCUUUUAUUGGUUUGUUCAUUAAUACCUGUGGAUGCCGCAAGACAGCAAUAACUGGAGGAAUCUUGAAUGCCCUAGGAUGGAUAUUGAGUUCCUAUGCUUCAAAUGUACAUUACCUCUUUGUUACAUUUGGAGUUACAGCUGGAAUUGGGAGUGGCAUGGUGUACCUACCUGCUGUGGUCAUGGUAAGUGAAUACUUUCAGAAGAGAAGAGCACUUGCACAAGGACUUAGUACAACAGGAACAGGGUUUGGUGCUUUCGUCAUGACCGUUUUGCUGAAGCAUCUUUGUAUGGAGUUUGGCUGGAGAAAUGCAAUGUUCAUCCAGGGUGCAGUCUGUCUGAACCUGUGUGUUUGUGGAGCACUCAUGAGACCAAUUCAUUACAAGGAGGAAGCUGCUGGAAAAAUGGUAGGGAGUAACAAAAGCAAAGGUAAGAGUCAAACGAAAGCUCUCUCCUGCUCUACAGAAACACUGACCUCUAAUGGUGUCUUAAGUGAAGAAGGAAAAGAAGCAAGAGAAGGACAAAGUAAGGAUAAGACACUUGGCAAUCCACCAGCCUUGGAAAACCAAGCUGCAACCAGACACAGGAAGAAAAGCUAUGCUCUUUGGCUUUGCAUUCUGAAGACAAUGAGCCAACUGACUAUUACGAUCCAGAAAGGCUUUAGGACCUGGUAUUCGAGUUACUUUGGAGCUGCAUCUCUCUUCACCAACAGAAUUUUUGCAGCCUUUGUGUUCUGGGCUUUGUUUGCAUACAGUACCUUUGUGAUCCCUUUUAUUCAUCUUCCAGAAAUUGUCAAACAGUAUAAUUUGUCUGCACAGAACGAUAUUUUCCCUUUGACCUCAAUUAUUGCCAUUGUUCAUAUUUUUGGUAAGGUCAUUCUUGGCAUUGUCUCUGAUUCACCCUGCAUCAGUGCUUGGAAUGUCUUCAUGGUGGCUAACUUUACUCUUGUCACCUGCAUUCUUACUUUGCCACUAAUGCAUACAUAUGUUGGACUGGCAGUGGUCUGUGCCCUAAUAGGAUUUUCCAGUGGAUAUUUUUCACUCAUGCCUGUCGUAACUGAAGAUUUAGUGGGGAUUGAGCAACUAGCAAAUGCCUAUGGAAUCAUCAUUUGUGCCAAUGGGAUAUCAGCACUGCUGGGACCACCAUUUGCAGGCUGGAUUUACGACCUCACACAAAAAUAUGACUUUUCUUUCUACAUAUGUGGUUCACUAUACAUGAUUGGAAUACUCUCUUUGCUCGUCCAACCCUGUAUUGGAAGGGAAAAGCCAUCUACAGAAAAGACCACUGAAAAUGUAAAAGUAUAGGACAGUUUUUUUGAACAUUUUUAAAAAUAGAACUUUCUUAAUUUUGUUUUCUAGAAGCAGUACCCAAACUCUUAUCUGAUGGGACCAAAUGGACUGAAGUGUACCAGAUUUGGACACUGAAUUAAGUUCACAUUGUCCCUAUCAAUGGACUGGUAGGGAAAGCCUUCAGUGAUACUUCUGUGACACAUCUAAGAUGAUCUAUUUUAUAGCUGACCAUCUCAGCACCUGCACAAUUGUUUAGGCUGAUCAGAGGCUGAACAUUAGUGUUUAUUUUCUUUUAUUACUCACCGGGGCUUGAUAUGAGCAUAACUCUGGAAUGGAAUUACUCUAAGGUCAGAAUAAUUCAUCUUGGUUGUUCCAGGUGAUUAAUGAAGAGAUGUCAAUUGCCCGCCUGUGUUAAUAAGUACACAAAUGAACAACAAACAUUUCUUUCUUAAAAGGCCUCCUGGUACAGACCAUUAUUUUGAGCCUUUCGUUUUGUGAUAAUUUAUGUGUGUCAGUAGGCCACAAAGCAGUUUAUUCUGCACAAGCUACUUAAAAUAUCUUCAGGUAGUAAUUGGUAAAGACUACAAUGGCUACAAAAGACAAAAGCUUUAAGUGGUUGCCAGUGUGGGACAUGUGUCAUGUUUCUGGGAGUAAAAGGGUCAGUAGGCAGCCUGGAUAAUCUACUGUUGCUAAUGUUGACUUAAGAGCUGGUGAGCUUAGAGGAGGAACAGUGUUUCCUAUUACAGGGAUUCCUAGAUGUUGUUGACUACAACUCCCAUAAUACCCAGCCAAAGGCCAUUUCAGCUGGGGAUCAUCGGCAUUGUAGUCAACAACAUCUGGGAAUCUCUGUUACAGAGAACACUGAUGACAAGGAUUUGCUUGCAUUGUUAAUUAACAGCUAAUGAAUGUAGGUAGGUCUCUGCUUGUGCUGUGAAACGGGGCGGGGGGCUUUUGAGGGCUGUAAGGUACAAAUACUCAAGAAAAGAAAGAACGGUUAACUGAUAUGCAGGACUGAGUAGUCCAGCUGGCUGUUAAGUGGGCACCAGUUAUGCCUUAAAAUGGAGCACUAGGGCUUCCUGGUGGUCUUUGGCCACUUCCUCCCUGUUCCAAAGCUCUCUUUUGUAGUGCUCUUGUGGGUUAUUUCUCUUGUGUAGAAGCACUGACAGGUGCUGAAGUUCUGCAGGCAAGGGACAAAGCCAGACCUCAACACCAGCAAAAGGAGACAAGGUCUUGCCCACUACACCAGUGCUGGAGUCCAAUGCCUGAUUCUGUUCUUUGUUGUCACUGGCUGGCAUACUGCACAAUGUUCCGUCUGCUUGUAACAGAAUGUGCACACAACUCUGCAAGAAUGCUCUUAUGCAAAUCUGGGAACUUGCACAAAUGCAGUUAUGCAAUCAAUGGUCAAUAACAAAUCAAUAACAAAUCAAUAACAAAUGCAGUUAUGCAAUCAAUACAUGGCUUGGGGCCGGGGUAUCUGUCGGACCACAUUUGUCCAUAUGUAUCUGCCAACGUCCUUCACGCAUCAUCUCAAGCCCUGUUCAUGGUCCCACCAUUGACUGUGAAUUGGCUGGCAGGGACAAGCAACAGGACCUUUCAGUUAUGGCCCCUUGGCUCUGGAGCCUCGCCAUGCUCCCUCCCUUAGGGUUUUUUUAAAAAAGAUCUUAAAACUUACUUGCUUAGAGAAGCUUUUUAAUGUGUUUUACUACAGCCUGGUGGGUUAGGGUUUGGGUUUGUUUUAAUAGUUUUUAUUCUACAUUGUGUUUUAUUGUGUUAAAUUUUAUAUUUCUUUCACUGUUUUACUGUUGCGAGCUGCCCCAAGCAGUAUUGUACUGGAGGGAUGGGAUAUAAUUAUUUUAAAGAAUUAAAAAAUAAUAAUAUUUCCAAUGGCCCUUCCUGUGUUUGCACAAGAGUGCUCUUGCACAACUGAGCUACAUUCUGUUACAAGGUGGAUGGAAUGUUGUGCAGAAUGUCAGCCGCUAUGUGGCAGAAGCAGGACCAGGUUCUAUAGAAAUCCUAAUGAUUUAAGGUUUGUUCUAGAUGGGGGGCAGUAGUACAAUUAGGUACACGAAAGGGUUGAACUGCAAUUCUACACAAAUGUGUAAUAAGCCUCUGGUGGCUACUUUUUCUAGGCAAAGCAGCUUGGAGGUAGUGAUGUGCACGAACUGGUUCGCAGGCCAUGUUACAGGCCUGCGAACCAGUUCGCAAGUGGCCAGGUCCGGCGGUCCGACGCUGCGGGGGGGUCGCUUUAAGA